UCUUCAGCAUUUCAUUCUGUCAUUCAGCAAGGGAGUCAUUCAUUUUCUGGUAUAAUGAGGAGCCUGAUCCCGACAGCUGUAAUCCUCUUUUUGGCCGUCACAUUUCUGGAAACCAAUGGAUUUAAAUUUGGAGAUAUCAUUUCAUUUGAAAGGAGCGUUAAUUUUGUCAAGUACAAGCAUUUUGCUGUUUAUGUGGGGAAAGGAAUAAAGCAUGGACUUCCCAAAACUAAGACUCAGGACAUUUUUGGGCAUGUGAAGAAUUGUAUUUCUCCAAAAUGUCUUUUUUCUGAGCUAAAUUACGAUGAAGAUCCAAAAGUGGACAAUUACCUGGACGGUUACACAGACCCUAUCACAAAAGUAACAUUUCAAAGAGGAACUGAUGAAGAAAUUAGGCAACGGAUCUUAGAAACAAGCCAUAAGUGCAAAAGAUAUAGGUUAUUGUCCAACAACUGUGAGCACCUUGCUACGUAUAUCCGUUAUGGAUAUGGGAUAGCAGUGCAGUUUAACCGGACUGGUGAAAGAUUCUGUUUGAACAACCCAGCGAUCAAUAAGAGAGCUUUGGUCAGACACUUGAAAAAACAAUUACGCUCUGAUUAAAGUGUCUUAACAUUUUGUUUAUGUUCUCUCAAUGUCAUGUCAAAUAAAUAUGCAAAGCAA